AUGCUGUUAUAUUUUAAUAAUAAAAUCCUUAUUAGUUUUGUCACUAUUUUUGUUAUUAUUAUAAAUAUUAUUGAAUGUCUUCCAAGUGUUAUAAGAAUCGGCGGACUGUUUACUGUGGAACAGGAGGAACAGGAACUGGCAUUUCGUAUAGCGAUCAGUCAGUUAGGUAACAGUGCCCUAUUUAGCCAUCAAUCGGUCACAUUUGUGGCACAAGUAGAACGGGUAGAUAAUUUUGACAGUUUUCUUGCCCAACAAAAAGUUUGCAGUCUAUUGAGAAAUGGAGUGGUGGCCAUAUUCGGGCCGCAAAAUAGUAUACCGUCAAUGCAUGUUCAGUCCAUAUGCGAGACAUUUGAAAUACCGCACAUCGAGACUAGACUGGACUACGAGUCUCAUCGCACCGACCUAUCCAUCAAUCUGUAUCCACAUCCGUCACUACUGUCCCGCGUCUAUAUGGAUAUAAUUAAACAGUGGGAAUGGCAAUCAUUUGCUAUUGUUUAUGAUAGAAAUGACGGAAUUAUACAUUUUAAGGAGUUUUUUGAAAAGUCAAUGAAUCACACGUGGAAUAUAAAAGUGUUUCAAUUGAAAGAUGACAUUCCCUUUAGGGAUAUCUUCUGGAAGCUAAAGGAGUCCAAAGAGAGAAACAUUAUAUUAGAUGUCAGAAAAGAGGCGAUUGUCGAAGUAUUCAAUCAGGCACAACAAGUGGGACUAAUUACCGAAGAAUAUAGCUAUUUGGUUACAUGUAUGGACUUAUUGACACUGGAUUUAGAGGAUUUCAGACACAGUCGUACUAAUAUAACUUCGCUUAGGAUUGUCGAUGAAAACAGUUUAGAGUUUAGCAAUUUGAUUGAGGAAUGGCAUAUCUAUGCUAAUCGUUUGGGUAAACGCCAUAUGCUGAGAGCACCGGAAUAUUUUAAUACCGAUACCGUACUGAUCUACGAUGCGGUUAAAGUGUUGGCCGUUGCGUUGAAAGAGUUGCACACAUUUGAAGUACAGCCCAUCGACUGCAAUGAGGAGAGACCAUGGCCUCACGGCAGCUCAGUUAUCAAUUAUAUGCGACAGGUGCACACUGAAGGUAUAUCGAGGGUCAUCCAGUUUGAUGACUUAGGUCUACGAACGGCCUUUACAUUUGAUAUCGUUUGCUUAACUCAUGAUGGAUACGAUAUUACAGGUCAGUGGGGAUACGGAAAGGUUACCAAAAACGAGUUGUGGUCCAAACAUUUUGCUAAAUCGGUGCUCGAGUUGCCGAUAGUACGGGUAACCACAUCCAACAGUCCGCCGUUUACUAUGAUUUUCCAAAAUAAGAAGUCUAUGAGUGGUAAUAAACAAUAUGAAGGCUAUGUACCAGAUUUAGUCAACGAGUUGGCCAAAAUGCUCAACUUUCGGGUGGAAAUACAUUUGGUUAAAGACAAACAGUACGGCAAAUAUGUACCCGAAAAGGGCACGUGGAAUGGUAUGAUUGGCGAAGUCCUUAACGAUGACGCUGACAUUGCCGUAGCCGAUUUGGCCGUCAACUCGGACCGGGAAAAAGUAGUCGACUUUACUCUACCAUUUAUGUCGACCGGAAUCUCUAUACUAUACAAGAAACCGAUAACCAAAGAAACCUCUUUGUGGUCAUUUUUGUCGCCAUUUUCGACAAUCGUCUGGAUCUAUAUGUUGGGUACGUUUAUUGGCGUCAGUGUACUAUUGUUUCUAACGGGUCGGUUCACACCAUACGAGUGGUGUAAUCCUCAUCCGUGUCGUCAGGACGACAAAGUUCUCGAAAAUGUUCUCAACGUUCGCAACAGUUUCUGGUGUACUAUUGGAUCACUUAUGCAACAGGGAUCAGAUGUGGCGCCUAAAGCACUGUCGACACGUGUUAUUAUAGCCAUUUGGUACUUCUUUACGUUGAUUAUCAUAUCAUCGUAUACGGCAAACUUAGCCGCCUUUCUAACCGUUGAGAGCAUACCGUAUCCGUUUGAAAAUGUUGAACAGUUGGCCGCACAGACUAAAAUCAAAUACGGUGCCACCAAUGGAGGCGCAACACAUCGAUUUUUUACGGAUUCUAAUAUAUCAACGUAUAGAAAGAUUGCCGAUUUUAUGGGAAAAAAUCCCGAUGUCUUUAUGGGUGGUUUGGCAGGAAGGGAACGGGUCGAGGCUGAUGAAGGAAAAUAUGCCUAUUUUAUGGAAGCGGCGCCCAUAGAGUAUAUUGUCGAAAGACAAUGCAAUCUAACACAAGUGGGUGGACUACUCGAUAAUAAAGGUUACGCUAUUGCCACCCGAAAAGGAUCACCGUUACGUAAUCCGUUAUCACAGGCCAUACUGAAGCUCCAGGAGGACGGAGUGUUGUAUCAACUAAAGGAAAGGUGGUGGAAACAAAAGGGAGGCGGACAGUGUAUCGCCAAAUCUAGCAGUUCGUUGACUGAGUUGGGUCUGAAAAAUUUGGGCGGAGUUUUCCUUGUAUUAGUCGGCGGAUCCAUUGUUGCCGUACUCAUGGCUUUGUGUGAAUUUGUCUAUAAAGUCAAAAAAGAAGUCAAAGAGGAAAAUUUUGCGAUUGAAUUGAUGGACGACAUCAAGUUUGCGAUGAGAUGUCAGAUAUCAAGUAAACCGACCCGAAGUAAGAGUAAGAGAAGUUUGACCGGCAGUCGCAGCUUCACUGGUAGCCGAUCCGAGUCGACACCGAAACUAAAUUCACAACUAUCCGGUUAUUAUUAUAAUUGA